CAAUCUCCAGAGGGCGCUGCAAAUUGCUCAGCCACGUAAGUCAGGGUCGUAUUUUUAUUCUGUAUUAAAUAAAAUUACUUCAAUUUGCCUUAUUUCUGAACAUGUGAGAAUGGUAUAACUGAACAAAAGUGCGUGUGCUGUUUCUUAGUGCCUAGAAUUAGUUCUGACUACGAUUGACAAAUCAUGUCCAACUUACCACCAAAUCCGUACAACAAUAUCCCAGGACCGCCCCAAGCUAACGCGCAAGGUGGGCCGCAAAUGUUCACCCAAAAUCAACAAUUUGGGCAAGUGCCACUGAGCCAGUUGCCACCAGGAUAUGCAGGACAGAAACAAGAUGCCAAUUCGAACAGCCCUCUUCAUUUACCAGCAUCUACGCCUCAGAAUAGUGUUCUACACAGUGUAAACAAUUACAAUCAAAGUGGAAGCAACUCACCAGCCUUCAACCAUCCAGGAAUGUUGCCACCCCAACCGAUUGGCUUCCAGUCAUCUCCCAAUCGUCCCCCCCUGGGCAAGCCAAUUACAGGUGUGCCAAACCCCAAUCCUUUGCCUCCUCUCUCCUCAGCUAACCAAAGUUCGGUCUCCAAUGCUAAUUCUUCUCCUUAUCCACCCAACUUUAACCAGAUGCAGAGGCAAAUUAAUGACAAUGCAUCACCUCUUGUUCCUUCUAGUCAAUAUAAUCAACCUCUCAUGAAUGGUCCACCUACCGGGCCUCCUAAACCACCUAUGCCUCCAACCUCGAGUCCAUAUCCAGCUACUUCUAAUGCUUUUAGUCCACCACCAAUGGGGAUGAGGCCACCCAGUGGAGGCCCUGGCUAUGGACCAGGGGUGGUCAGUCCGCCUAUACAGCAAGGGCUGCCUGUUCAGCAAGGUCCACCUGCACCUAUUCCUUCAAAACUUCCUGGCCCACAGCCUGGCCUUUUAACCAGUCAACCUAAUGUACCAUUUUCUGGCCCACCCAGAAAUAGCCCUCUCAUGACUGCGCCCCUUCCCAGUGGGACAGCCUUCAAUGGUCCACCGUUGGCCAAUACUGUGGGUGGACCUUAUGCUUCACUUCCACCAAGAAUAGGUCAGGUCAAUGGACCAGGUACAGGUAGUAUGAAUCCUUCACCCCUACCAUCUACUUCUGGACCGAGAGUAAAUCCAGUCCUUCCGCCUCCUACUAUGGGAGCACCACCAAGGAAUGGUCCGGGGCCUGGACAGCCUAUGCCUAACCCUGGUCUCAUGGGGAACCCUGGCAUGUUAAGUGGACCACAAGGUUUGCCUGCUGGCCCACAAACCCUGGCAGCGGGCCCUCAGAGCUUACCACCGCUACCAACUGUCCCAAUGGGACAACAAAUGGGGCCUCCAAUGUCGGUCCCAGCUGGUCCUCCUAGCGGACCGAUGAGUGGGCCUCCUAAAAGUAAUAUGCAGGGUCGCUACCCCCAAAUGCCACAGAGUAAUUAUGCCAAUAAUCAACCACCUAUGCCACCUCAACCGGCGAUGGGACAGCAAUAUCCACAACAGUAUGGACCCCAGGCGUUGACCCAGCAGAUGGGGCAGCUGAGCGUGACGAAGCAAGGCUUUGACCAACUCUGGGGUCACCAAAUGAUAGAUCUGCUGCAAUGUAGGCACAUUCUUCCUGAUUACCCCGAAGACCCACCAGAAAUAAGACUUGGCCACCAAUUUGCGGAUGCUCCGAAUUGCAGUCCUGAUAUCUUCAGGUGUACUAUAAACCGUAUACCGGAGACUAACAGUUUGCUGCAGAAAUCGAGACUUCCCCUCGGAAUACUCAUCCAUCCAUUCAAGGACUUGAAUCACCUACCAGUGAUCCAGUGCGCGACGAUCGUCCGCUGCCGCGCGUGUCGCACAUACAUCAACCCCUUCGUGUAUUUCGUGGAUGGGAAGCGGUGGAAGUGCAACCUCUGCUUCAGGGUCAAUGACCUGCCAGAAGAGUUUCAAUACGACCCGGUGAGCAAGUCGUACGGCGACCCGACCCGGCGGCCCGAAAUCAAGUCGGCCACGAUAGAGUUCAUCGCGCCUGGCGAAUACAUGCUGCGGCCUCCGCAGCCGGCCGUCUAUCUGUUUCUGAUGGACGUGUCGCAGAUAGCGCGGGACUCUGGAUACUUGCAGGUGGUAUGCGACACACUAAAGGCGCAGCUAGAGAACCUCCCAGGGGACGCGCGCACACAGAUCGGCUUCGUGUGCUUCGACGCGCACGUGCACUACUACCUCAUGAGCGACGGCCUCACGCGCCCCAAGGAGAUGACCGUGCUCGACAUCGACGACGUAUUCCUGCCAUCCCCGGAAUCUCUGCUAGUAAACUUGGGCGAGCGGCGUGAGAUGAUCAAGGAGUUGUUGACCGUUCUACCGCAGCGAUACUCAGCGCCUGGCGUCCCUGCUUCGGCUCUUGGGGCGGCGCUGCAAGCCGCUUACAAGCUCAUGGCUCCCACUGGAGGACGGAUAACGGUAUUCCAAACGUGUUUACCAAACGUUGGUCCCGGCUCGUUACAACCAAGAGAGGACCCGAACGCGCGGUCUUCCAAAGAUGUCGCGCAUCUAAACCCAGCAACGGACUUCUACAAACGACUAGCAUUGGACUGCAGCGGCGCGCAAGUGGCUGUGGACCUAUUUCUACUAAACUCGCAGUACUCGGACCUUGCUACGCUUAGCGGUAUGAGCAAGUUCAGUGCGGGCACGGUGUACCAUAUCCCACUAUUCCGCGCCAGCCGCACGUGGCAGGCGGAUCAACUCACGCGCAUGUUCGCGCGAUACUUGACCAGGAAGAUUGGAUUCGAGGCCGUCAUGAGGGUUCGGUGCACGAGAGGCAUAUCGAUCCACACGUUCCACGGCAACUUCUUCGUGCGGUCCACGGACCUGCUAUCGCUUCCCAACGUGUCGCCGGACGCGGGCUUCGGCAUGCAGCUGGCCGUGGACGAGUCGCUGGCCGACCUGCAGCAGGUCUGCUUCCAGGCGGCGCUGCUCUACACCAGCAGCAAAGGCGAAAGGCGGAUACGAGUGCACACGAUGGCGCUGCCGAUCGCGAGUACGCUGCCCGAUGUUUUACACGCUGCCGAUCAGCAGUGCAUCAUAGGAUUAUUGGCUAAAAUGGCGGUGGACCGCUGCGUAUCAGCGUCGAUGUCGGAAGCGCGAGAGGCGCUCAUCAACGUAGCUGUAGACGUGCUGUCUGCUCAUAGACUGGCGCAGAACCUUCCCGUCGGCGCGCAUUCGGCUGCCUUACACGCGCCCGCUUCGUUGAGACUACUGCCGCUGUAUCUACUGGCGCUGCUCAAGCGGAGAGCCUUCCGCACCGGUACGUCGACACGGCUAGACGACAGAGUAGCAGACAUGUGCGACAUGAAGACGCUACCAUUAUCCAGCUUACUGCGCGCCGUGUAUCCAGACUUGUAUCCGAUACACGAGUUAUUGUCGCACGCGCCCGAAGCGCACGAAGACGCCGCGCCCGACCCGCCGCGUCUGCAACUGUCGGCUGAGAGGAUAAACAUGAACGGCGCGUAUCUCCUCGACGACGGCGAGACGAUGAUCAUCUAUGUCUGCCACGGCGUCAGCCCCGCCUUCCUGUCCGACACCUUCGGCGUGGCCGCCUUCAGCCAGCUGCCCGACGAGGCGCGCUCCCUGCCGCCAGUCGACAGCGACGGCGCCGCCGCCCUGCACUCGCUCAUCGACAAGCUGAACGACGACCGUCCCUACCCGGCCAACAUACUGCUCGUCAAGGACAACUCGCCGUCACGGCAAGUGUUCACGGACCGGCUAGUGGACGACCGAGUGGAGUCCGCAUUCUCCUACUACGAGUUCUUGCAGCACGUUAAAAGCCAAGUGAAAUGAGAGAUGCUUUCGCCGCGGGGACCCUACGCGGAGACUGAGUUGGGACGCAUCCCACGCAUCGUAGUCCGGCUUGAGUUAGAGUACCGCGAGAGCAAAUGGCAAGCGGUCGACAUUCGCACAGACACUGAAUAAAUUAUUCACACGUGUAAAUAAAUUGACUAUUCCAAGAACCGUUCGGUGUGAUGUUAUUCAUUUCUCAGUGUUAUUCGAUGUCAAGUUGUUUAUAUCUCAGCGUUAGAACGAAACCAAAUUUUAAAGUGCUGUUACGACUUUUUAACAUAAAAUAUUCUCUUAUGACUGACGACUCCUGCAUUGUUCUCGUAAUUUCACUAACUUAGUUUAGGCUAUUUUAUUUGGAAACGUGUUUUUAUCGAUAUAUUCUCGUCUGUUUUUUGUUCAUAGACAAUAUUUUCUUUUCGCCUAUACAUACGAGUAUUUUGUCUGGUUAUCUGAAAGUGGCUUUGACUUACUAGUACCACUAGUACGUACAAAAGUGAAGCCUCAGCUGUCAUACUGAAAUGCAAGUGACGAAGUAUAUAGUCUCUGAAUAUUACUGCAAAUGCAAUAUUGUAGCAAUAUUCUGCAAAAAUAUUUUUAUAUAGUCCAGUUUCCCCUCAAUAUGGCGGUCGUCGCCCAUAGACUAGUACAAGUAAUAUAGAGCGGAUUGUUAAAUGCUUAUUUUCGAUUGAAGUUUUAUAUUAUAGAACGUCAAUGUCACGUCUGUGGAUUAUGCCUAUCUUACCAUGAUAGCUAGAGAAGGUAAUAUCAAUCACCUGGCAUUGGCCUAUGAUCGCGCCGGCGAUGGCGUUCUGCACGCGUUGGUGUGGUUGAAGCUUUAGUAUUACGAGGUUAUUGACCUUGAAGCGAGACCGAAAUUCAUUAUAAUUGUGCCUGAAGGGUUAAGCUACUGAUGUUUGUAGUUUUGAAUCUGUCUCUCUCGCACAUUCCGAAAUGCUAUCAUGUGUGACACAGACAGAGCCGAGAAUACGAAUGUUGCCGUUAUCAGUCUACUAGUAUUACUAGUCCGCUAUAUUUAGACUUUUUAAGUAACGUGCCAGUUUCCAAAUUACGGCAGCAAUAAAGUCACGAGGCUACAUUGAAAUUUAUAGUACAUAAUGUGAUAAAUUAAUUUUUAUACGUGAAUGUUCCCCAAGAAGCAGCUUGUCGGCCUUUAAGAGAUUUGCCAGUUUCUGUUUUAGAGUAUAAUAAUGUUUUUCCACAAUUUAUCUAUUUGAUAGUACCUAGAGGUACAGAACAACUCCCUGCCAUUGAAAUAGUGAUUAAAUUGUUAGACUAUUUACUAUAUUUUUAGCAUAAUUACAGACCAGUUUUAUUCGAAUUAGCUGACAGAAAGUCGAUCGACAAAAUCGUCAGGAAUUAUGCGUACACUCAAUGUGAAAACCGUUAAUUGCCCAGUCUCUCAAAGGACCAAAAUGUAAUUUCUUGACGGACAUUUUUCUCGAAUCUAUGUAUCGGUGUGUUAUUUUUGGUUUUCGUUCGAAACUCUUGUUUAAGUUGUAAACGGCGCUCGUGGAUAAGAUGCUUUCUAUAUUUUUCGUCCCGUUGUCUUAUUGUUAACUCGAUACGACACAACACAAGCAAAAAAACGGUUAAGGACACACACUAGGUCCGCCAACAACAUGUCAUAAGUGGACGACUUGUGUCGGCGGGUCAGUGGGUUAGUUCUUGAUGUUUUCUGAACAUUGUUCCACGACUUACAAUAAUUCACAAAAAAAACGAUACAUCUAACUUAUUUUGUAAAUUGUUAGUAGAACGCUGUUCGGAAGAAUGACUGAAAACUAUAACCGAUGUUCUUUGAAAAGCAUGUUAGCAUCUUGUCUGAAGGUCCAGAACUUGCAUUGUGUCAUUUAGGUUCAAUAUUGUGAAUAUGUUGGCAUCAGCUGUUGGCGUGUGACGUCAUCUUAUACUUUGUAUCACAUUUUAGACAUUAUAUUGUUUAGAAUUAGAGUUCAGUGUUCGAUGCACAGGCGAACGGUUAGGUGAAUGAAAUGAUGAAUGCUAUAUUACAUAAUCCACUUUGUAACGGAAUCUUAUAGAUAAAAUAUGGUGUUAAUUACAACCUAUGUUAUUUUUCGUUUUUGUCGGAUUGAACCAAAAACAUUUAGAUGUUGUAAUAAACAAAUACGGCUUUUGUGAUCGAUAUUUUUAUGGUUUAUUGAUAGCAUGAGAAGCGACUACGGAUAUAGUAUAAUUAUUUAUGUGAUAGGCUAAGGUUAGCGUAGGAUUAUUAAAUGUUGGUUGUUUGGGACGUUAUGAACAUGAAUUAUGUUGUAAUCGAACACUGGACAAUAUUAAUCUUGUUUAUUGUAAAUUAAUUAUAAUAGGUCGCGGUGUAUUGUUGCAUGUAUGGACGAUUGGAUGCGCAAUAAAAAAAUGGUUGACAUAGACUGUCGAAUCAAAUUCCUUUUGUAUAUUUACAUUCGUUUAAAUUAGAUAUUUAUAAAUGCACUGGUUCAGCUAUUUCUUUAUUUCGCAUUCGUGCAAAUGUUCUGUGUAUAUUGUAUAUGUACUAUUGGUAUAAUUCGUUAUGGAUUUCGUGUAUAAAAUAUAUUAUAUAAUUUUUUUAUAUCCUUCAAUAGCGUAGCGUGUAGUACACUACAUAAAUAUGUGUUUCGUAAGGAGAUUCUAUAAGAUCUUUAGGGACUACAUAUUUUUGAGUUGACUGUACCUUGAAUGCCUAAAGCGUCCAUUGCGCAUACUUUUAUUCUUUUUUCGUACAAUAUCGUUUAUAAUUUUGUUGUAACCCUGUGCUUAGUCGUGUCUAUGAUUUUAUUUUUUUAAACCAUGUAUUUUAACUUCGAUAUUAAAAAGUUUGUAAAUUAAAAAAAUAUUAUUUAUGAAAUUGUAGGUAGAAUGUUUUACACUGAAACGAGCUGCGUUCUUUGUUACAUGAAGAGUCGAGUCUUGGCUAGUGUAUAAAAUAUAAUAAAAUCAUGUUGGAUAAGC